AUGACCAAGGGCUCCAAGGUGGCGGGCCUGCGCCGAGCUUUCUGGCUGGGCGCGGCCGGGCGGCUUCGGACACAGCGGGUGAUUCCCCCACCCCUCUACCCGGGGCGCGCGCCAGCCAGGGAUGAGCCAGUGCCAGCAACUUGCACAACGCGCAGUCGGCUUUCGUAUAUAAGCUCCGGCCCGGUCACUCGGUGGUAUCAGCUGAGGUCCCGACCCAUCUCAACCACUACAGCCAUGUCUCUCAAGCCCGUCGUCGCCGCCGCCGACGUCGAGUUCGACCCCCACCCCCAGUACAACUUCGGAUACAGCGUACAGGACGCGCUGACGGGCGACUCCAAGUCGCAGCAGGAGUCUCGUAGCGGCGACGUCGUGUCCGGCAGCUACUCGCUGGUGGAGCCCGACGGCGCGCUGCGCACCGUCCACUACUCGGCCGACCCCGUCAACGGCUUCAACGCCGUCGUGUACCGCGGCGUCGGCGUCGCGGCGCCCCCGGAGCGCGUCGUGGCCGCCGCUGCCGCCCCCGCAGUUGCUGCCGCCAACGCACUCCUAGCCUAG